AUGUCUGCCGAAAUCGCCUACCCUUCCCUCCCUAAGGAUGUCCUCGCCGAGGCUGGCUCCGUCAAGCUCUUCAACAAGUGGUCCUACGAGGAUGUUGAGGUUAAGGACAUCUCCUUGACCGACUACAUUCAGAUCCGUGCCCCUACCUACCUCCCCCACACUGCUGGUCGUUACGCCAACAAGAGGUUCAGGAAGGCUCAGUGCCCCAUCAUUGAGCGUUUGACCAACGCUUUGAUGAUGAACGGCCGUAACAACGGUAAGAAGUUGUUGGCUGUCCGCAUUGUCAAGCACUCUUUCGAGAUCGUCCACCUCUUGACCGAUGCCAACCCCCUCCAGAUCGCCGUCGACGCUAUCGUCAACUGUGGUCCCCGUGAGGACUCCACCCGUAUCGGUUCCGCUGGUACCGUCCGUCGCCAGGCCGUCGAUGUCUCCCCUCUCCGCCGUGUCAACCAGGCUAUCUCCCUCUUGACCAUCGGUGCUCGUGAGGCUGCUUUCCGCAACGUCAAGACCAUCGCUGAGUGCUUGGCUGAGGAGCUCAUCAACGCUGCCAAGGGUUCUUCCAACUCUUACGCCAUCAAGAAGAAGGAUGAGCUCGAGCGUGUUGCCAAGUCCAACCGUUAA